AUGCCGGCGCCGCGCCGCGCUGGUGCGGCAGCCGACGCGGGUUCGGACGCUGGAGCUUCUGAGCGAAACAGCCAGCGCUUGGCGGAACUCGAGACUGACAUCGACGAAGCCAAAGAAUGGCGACGGCGCGUCACCGGCCGCUUCGAGGAGUUCGACAACGCGCUCCGCCGUCUCGAAGGGCGUAUCGAACGGCUGGUCGCCGAUGUGGACUUCAGGCUCUCCGCCCUCGAACAAGGGGCAACCACCCCCCCGGGCGGCUCAGCCGCCGCUCCCGCCGGUGAGGUGCCGCUCGUGGCACCUUCGGACCAGCGCCAGGCUGGCAUCGCGCAUCAACAGGGCGAUGUCUACGAGCCUUCCGCCGCGCCUCGCUCCCUCGGCACCAUACCGGCGGAUGAGCCGAGCGAUGAGGUGCCGCUCGCGGCGCUGACGCCCGAGGAGCAGUACAAGACGGCGUUCGGCCUGCUCGAAGAGGCGCGGCACGAAGAGGCGCACGACGUGUUCUCACGCUUCAUCGACGCGAACCCCGAGCACGACCUCGCGCAGAACGCCGCCUAUUGGCGCGCAGAGAGCCUUUACGCCAGGCAGAUGUAUCCCGAGGCUGCGAAAUCCUACGCGCUCAACCUUCGGCAGUACCCGGACGGCCGCAAGGCGCCGGACAACAUGGUCAAGCUCGGCUUGGCGCUGCUCAAGCUCGGGCGCACCGAGGAGGCGUGCCGGACCUUCGCACAGCUCGAUCGAAACUUUCCCGACCCGCCGCUCAACAUCCGCCGGGCGGCGCAACAGGGGCAGCGCCAAGCGAACUGCCCCUGA